GGCUACGCGUUACAGGCAGGCAGCAUCACGCGAGAAUCAGCAAAGGGACGAGAAAGAUGUGCGAGAAACAGCGCCGCUAGUCGCUUCCUUUCAGCCCUGAGAGCUUUGGUUGCUCCGCGUCCCCUGCUAUCGGUUAUCCCUCGUUAAUUAACAUUCGUCAUGUCGGCCGGGGACGUCGGUCUGCUCCGUCAAGAGGCCGGCAAGGAGGGCUCAAGAAUGCCGGCCUGGAAACGAGAGCUGCUCGAGCGGAGGAAAGCGAAGGGCGGCGGGUCUGGGCCAGGUGUCGACUCCGUGUCGGCUCGGGUUAAUGGCGAGCUAACGGGAAGUGGCAAGGAGGAGGCUACGGGAGCGAAUUCUAGCCGGACGUACACCAUUACGUCUGCGGGAAAGCGCAGCGGUGCCACCGCCACAUCCCCGGACGUGUCACCGGUGAAAACAAAAGACCCCUGGUCGGCCAUGGACCCCAACGACAGAGCGACAUCAACGGAGAAAACAAUAACGGACAACGGCGUGCUUCAGGAGAGCCUGGGUCCCAUUAAGGAGAACCCGUUUAUCAAACUGGAGAAGGAGCGCAAGAAACGACGGGAGCGAGAGAGCGCGUCCCGGCCGCUGCAGCAUAUCUUGGAGAUGUACGGCUCUGUGCCUGGUGUACGGACCAUCCGCGCUGAGAACAUCAUCAUCAUUGAAUCCGACCCAGAAUACUUCCCUGCAUCCGGAUCGCAGCAGAACGGCAGCCUUAGCGGAUACAGCUCUCUCGGUGACCUGCUGGAUCGCACAGGUAGUCCGGUUACUGAAAUCCGCGCAAAGGAAGUGGUGAUCUACGAUACAGCGCUGAGUAAAAGCGAGGAGAACCUGAGCACGCUGGGGCGCUGUGAGCUCUCCGACCUGGCGCAGGCGCAGGGCACAGUGAGCCGCAUGCUGCAGAAAUUCGACAGGAAAUACGGAAUGUUGCACGGGAAGUCUCGCAGUUCGGAGAACCUCCUAGACUUAGACACGAGUCCUGUCCUUUCAGGUCCCCGAGCCAGAUUCCAUCAUCCAGAUGUGGUGCCAAAAUGUGCACCGUGCCCACAACCUGGCUCUCCUGUUCGCCUGCCAGCGUAUUAUAGCCAUCCAGUCUUCCAUGGUAGCCAGUCUUCCGAGAGGAAAUAUCACGAGUCUCCUAACGGCUCUGAAAGUAGCAGCCCUGUUCCGGGAUCCCCUCAGUCUGUGUCUUCCUUCAGACGUCGCUUUGAGACCGUAGGUGGCCACAGCGUCACUGUCAACAGAGAGGAGACAGAGAGGAAUCAGUCCAAACCUGUAAGGGAGAGGGAGUGGGACAGCACUGAUGGGGUGUCCAAAGCGAAGGUGCCAUGCUCUCCGGAGAGCCACUGUGCCCGUGCCGAGUCCUUGGCGAGCCCCACGUUGCCCCUUAUUUCAAACAGAUUUGAGAUCCGACCUUCGCCGCGCCCAGAUCUGUCUACGUUGUCUGCUAGCGAUGUCCAGGCUCGUGCUCUCGCCAACCUACGCCUCCAGUCUCGCAAUUCCUUCACUGUCAUCCCCAAGCGGCCCGGGGUCCCAUCAGCGCCUGGCAGCACCGCUCCCUCCAGCCCCAUUAUGUCUCCUGCUAGCCCACAUGUGGAGCCUUCAGUACCCUCAGUGCCAACGCCUGCUGUAACCAUUCCAGCUUCUGCGUCUCCAGUAAAAAUUGUUGUGGCCCCCUUGCCACCUGUGCCAGACACAACAGAACUGACACGCCCUGAAAGGCCCAGCUCCCCCACCUCAUCCUCCUCACCUGAUUCAAUCACAAAGUCAAUAUCACCCUCUAUUCUCGAGCCAGCUCUUGAGAAAUUGCCCGUUACUAAUAUUGAUGACAUAGUGGGGGAGUCCUCGCCACCCUUCCCCAGCCCUAUGGUGCAGAGGAGGAAAGGAAACACAUUUACAGUGGUCCCAAAGCGCAGGACUGAUCCCCAGCCUAACACUCCUGUUGUCCAGGAGCCUGUCCCAGAGCCCGCUCAGGAGCCUGUCCCAGUGCCACAGGGGUCACCUUCCUCUGCGGAGGCUCCUUAUGUCCAGGUGGGCACGCUACUGAAAAAGCGUUACCCGGCAGCAGAAGAAAUUGAAGUGAUCGGUGGAUACCUGUCUUUGGGCCGAUCCUGUUUAUCCAAGACUGGCUCCACAGGAAAGAAGCUGAAGAUCUCUUUUAAUGAGUCGAGCCUGCAGAGCACCUUCGAGUACCCAUCCGAGAGCAGCCUCUGGGACAGUGAUGAAGAGAAAGAAGAGGGAGGAGGCGGAGGAGAGGAAGAAGGAGGAGUCGGUGUGGAAAGGAUCCACAUCCCCCGGCCGAGUUACACCUCCAGCCCGACCGGUCACAGCCCCAACAGCACUGAUCUGUCCAGCUACACUCCAAAGCACUCUGCGGACUUUACUGCCUGGCAGGAGAAGAAGCUCAGUGACUCUACAGACUCGGGAGAUGCAAAUUCUCAACCUGACGACAUGUCAGAUGAGGUGAUGUUGACGCCAGCGGACAGCUCCUCUCUCUCCGACUUCAGCAGCGAACCAGCUCUAUACUUCUAAACUUCCCCAGAACCCUGAAACACACAGGACCAACCACCAGCCAGGACAACUCACAACCACACACACACACACACACACAAAUCACAGAUAGAGACGAGAAACUCCAGUCGCAUUCACACAAACGAACGUCUUUCCGUUCCAUCUCCGCUGAGGUUUUUCAGCCAACCUGUACGGUUGAUUUUAUUUGCUUUUGUCUUUCUGUCUCCACGUGUUUUAUGUACUGAAAGAGACCGUUGAAAACAAAAACAUUUUUAAGGCUCAAACGUAGCCUUUCUGUCCCUCGCUCUUGGGAUGUGUGUAGCAUUGUUCACCUCAUGAAAGUGACCAAAUUUCCUACACAUGGAAGAAGAAGCUUGGACUCAGCUGAUGUACUGUACAUAAUAAGGCUGACAAGGAUAAGGAGAACAAAGGAAAGAGACAGUACAUAUAGCAGUACAUAACAAACGGAAGGGUGCCACAAUUCUUGUUCUUUUUUUGUUCUUGGUCCACCACUUUUACUGUUCUAUAUAUGUUUCAUGUUUCCUGGAUGUCUGUGUUGUGCAACUUGUCCAAUAUGAAGCUCCUAUUCUAUGACCUCGUACAUCUAGUUUGCUCAUUUGAGUCAGAUUUGUGUUGUGUUGAGAUGUUUUUAAGCAAGCAGCUCUAAAGCCUGAGUUAUGCUUUAAUCUGAACUGGCAGGGUGGAACAGACACAACAAAACGUCAUAGGUGAAAGAGCACAGUGCUUGUUUUUUUUACUGCGGCCUUAAUGAUCGCAUGAAGUAACUUUCGUCAUUUUGGGGGAUUUCCUAAACAGGUUAGUUGUAUCAUAUCACAAAAAAAGAAAGAGUAAAUUUUAGCAAAGCCGAUCUCGGACACUACACUGUGAUAAAUAGUGAUGCCUAACUUGACUCACUGUAACGACUUAUUGUAUGAACCGACUCUUUUUAUUGAAUCAGUUGAACCAUUUCUGUCUUCAGUCUGUCUGGGACAAAAGACACUGGUUUACGAAUAAACCAAGACCUCGUGUAAACCAAGAGGAUAGUGUAAGAUCCUAAAAGGUUUCAGAAUUUCCAGUUCAUUAUAUGGUACACGUCAGUCCAAGUGAAUCAAAAUGAGCCAAAUUGAGUUAAGUGUGAACACAGAUCGAGUACGGAAUAAUUGAAUGAACUUCGUCAUCAGCUAUGUUUGAAUAUGAGAAACUGAAAAAUCGUACAGAGCCGUUACAAGGCGUAAUAGGACAAGUGUGCUGUUAGUACAGCAGUUGGUUGGAAAGCUUAUACUAAACCAUACAACUUUCACAGAGCCGGAGUUAUAAAUCUGUAAACGUGGACUAUAAUGAGAGAACUUUCGUAAAUCGAACUUUCACUCAAUACCGAACGAGUUCGGUGUCUACGAGCCAAUCACCGAGGAAGAGGGUGGGAACUUCUUACGAGCGAUUUUUACAAACUGCCAAUAAACCGUAUUCCGUUUGAAGCAUAACUCAGACUUUAUGGAACUCGGACUUUAUCAGACUUUAUUAAAGGACUGAAAGUUUUCAAAGAACACAAAGCAGCACUUUAGAUACACAGCUAUUAUUACAUAAACAACCAGCUCCGAUCUAUUUCUAACACUGUGACAGUGACGUAACGGCGUGUGGAACACCACAGUAUUGUUCACCGAUGCCAACAGACGUUUUCUCUGGUUUUAGACGUCAUUUUUACGUGUAGUGACAUCACGAUAUACGGUUAUAUACGCGAGUUACGAGCUUAUAUUUGUUGUCCUGCUCACCACGUGAAUUUCUGAACUCAAAAUUCUUUCACAUUCCAGUGAGCAAAAAUGAACAGCUAUUUCAUACAUGUUCAUAAAUGAGACGGUGUGUGUGUGUGUGUGUGUGUGUGUGUGUGUGUGUGUGUGUGUGUGUGUGUGUGUGUGUGUGUGUGUG